CAUGCUGGACUCUGAUACUCUACUUAAACUUCUCUGCUGUGUAGGUAUCAUGCAGCAAAUGACUUUGGGUGACCCAACAGUUGCUGGUUGCAAGAGUCAGAAACACAAAUCUCAUUGUGUCCAAGAGUCAACAAAACAGGAAGAACAAGUGGGAAUGCCAGCAAAUGUUCCCCUUUCCGACUUCACCUCUAUUGCCAUGGUGGAAAUGGAGGAGAGCAAUAAAAAAGUGGAUACUGACACAACGGGGAACAAUGAUGAAUGCCUGCACAUGAUGUCAUUUCCUUUGUCACCUGUUGAUUUAAGCAAGCAAAGGACAUUUUCAGAAACAGACACACAGUCACAGAGGGACCUCACAGGAAUAGGGAUGUCAUCAGACCCUGAUCAGCCAAAACAACAGAUUUUACCUGAAAAAGACAGAACUCUAGCAGGUGGGAAGUGUCUUGCUGAUGCCACAUGUGAAACAACAUCUGAUUGGACAGAUGCCUCAGGUAUUACCCCAGACAAGUCAGAUGAAGGUAGGAUUACAAAGAAAGAGAUAAUUUCUUCUUCCCUCAAAGCCCAGCCCACCAAAACAACUCAAUCAUUUGUUUUUCCAGAAACCACAGGCAUACUUGAUCCAGAACAUAAAACUGAACCUGUUAUGAGUGUUAGAAGUAUUGACUCUGAAGCUUCUUUCAAAAUGAGCACUAAGUUCAAGUCAGAGACCAAAGAGGUCAAAGGUCUAACUAUGGAGAAACCCAUGCCGACACCACAACAAUCUGUCUCAACUUUAAAGAACAGCUCUGAGUUUAAGGUUUCAAUGACAUCAGAGCAAGGGGAAGUAUCAGACAUAGAUGUCCAUUCAACUGAUAUUUUAGAUGCAACUAAUGGUGUUUUACAAAAACAGUCUGUUAAAGAUUCAAUCACAAUACCAGAAGUUGCACCUCAGAACCUGACCACCGUAACCAUGGAAACCGGCACUGGCAGCACCUCAGAUGAUAAGGAAAAGUCACAGGAGAAGAAUGCAGAAAUUAGAGUGACUCGUCGACCCACAAAACCAAGGAAAACCAGUUAA